GAGUUUUUCACUUUGGCCUGCAAACAGGACAAAAUGAUGGGUCUGUCUGACUGCCAUAAGUUCCUACUGGUGCUUCUGCUGGGCUGUUCGGUCCAAGCCAAGAUAAAAAGGCGGACACCUGAAGACUGCAAUCAGAUUAGGAUCCAGAAACCACAUUCACCCAGUGGAGUUUAUGAAAUCCAGCCAACAGGAACCAGUACUCUGAUCAAGGUGUACUGUGAGAUGCGUCAAACGGACGGCUGGAUCGUGAUCCAAAGGCGAAGUGGAGGAGUGGUGUCCUUUGACAGAGGAUGGGCUCAGUACAGACACGGGUUUGGAUCCCUGACUUACGACCACUGGCUUGGACUGGAGAAGAUGCGCAUGCUGACUAAGGACACAACCAAAGUGUGGACUUUGAGGGUGGACCUGUGGGAUCAUGGAGGUGGCCACGCGUUUGCCGAGUACAGAGACUUUAGAAUCGGAGACGAGGGAACAGCUUAUCGACUGCAUGUUGGGACGUACAGUGGAGAUGCAGGUGACGCCAUCCGCGUUGCCUACCCGGGCAUUGACCAAAACGGCACUGGCUUCAGUGCCUUCGACCGCGACAACUGCUCCCCAUGCAUUCAGGGAGACAUUGCUUUCGACAGCUGUACCGACAACCACGGCAGUGGCUGGUGGUACAGCAGCUGCGGAUCUUGA